AUGUCUUGGAUUCACUCUGUUUUUGUCCUGUUUCUGAUUCUCCGGUGGUGCAUCACCGGAGAAUCAUCACCGGUGGUAACUAAUGAUAGUGGUGCUCCAAUGGAGAAGACAGAAAGAGAAGCUCUUUACUCAGCUAUUCAAGGAUUUGUUGGUGAUUCUUGGAAUGGUUCUGAUCUUUAUCCUGAUCCUUGUGGUUGGACUCCUAUUCAGGGUGUUUCUUGUGAUCUCCAUGACGACUUGUGGUAUGUUACGGAUCUAACCCUAGGUCUUGUUCAUGAAAACUCGCUUUCCUGCAACGCAAGUUUGAAGAUAAAGCCAGAGUUAUUCGAGCUUAAGCACUUGAAAUCUCUCACAUUCUUCAACUGCUUCACAUCGCCUACGACAAUAUCGAAAGAAGAUUGGAUAAACUUGGGAAGUAACUUAGAAUCUCUCGAGUUUAGAUCGAACCCCGGUUUGAUUGGUGAACUUCCUGAAACAAUUGGAAGUCUCACAAAGCUGAAAUCUUUGGUGGUUCUUGAAAAUGGGUUUAAUGGGAAACUACCGACGAAUCUCUGCGGUUUAUCGAGCUUAAAACGGUUGGUUCUGGCGGGAAACUUGUUCACCGGUACGAUACCGAAUUGUUUCAAUGGGUUUAAAGAACUAUUGAUCUUGGAUUUGAGUCGAAACUCUUUGUCAGGGACAUUGCCUUUGUCUAUUGGAGAGAUGGUUUCAUUGCUUAAGCUUGACCUAAGCAAUAACCGAUUAGAAGGCAAGUUACCUCGAGAAUUAGGUUUUUUGAAGAAUCUGACACUUUUGGAUCUGAGGAACAACAGAAUCUCUGGUGGGUUAUCGAAAAACGUCGAAAAUAUUCGAUCUUUAACGGAUCUUGUUUUAUCAGGAAACCCAAUGUGUAAUAGUAGUGAUGAUGUUAUGGUGAAGAUGAAAUGGGAGAAUAUGGGCAAUUUGGUAAAUUUGGAUCUGUCAAAGAUGGGUUUAAGAGGUGAGAUUCCUUUUGGUUUAACAAAGUUGAAAAGAUUGAGGUUUCUUGGUCUGAACGACAACGACUUAACCGGUACAGUCCCAUCAAAAGAGCUUGAGACUCUGCCUUGUCUUGGUGCUCUUUACAUCAAUGGAAACAAUCUAACAGGAGAGCUUAGAUUCUCAAGAAAGUUCUAUGAGAAGAUGGGAACAAGAUUCAAGGCUUCAAAGAAUCCAAAUCUUUGUAUGUAUGAAUCUCAAGAAUAUGUUACUCCACUUGGAUUGAAGCCUUGCAAGAUGAUGAUGAAGGGUAAUUUGGUAAUUAAACAAACGUGGAGCAACCUUAAGAAGGAAGAGUCAAGUUCAUCAAUGGGUGUGAUGGUUACUAGACAUGUAUUGUCAAAUGGGUUUAUGUGGGAUUUGCUUUUGGAGCUUUCUCUUAUUGUAUUAUUAUUGAACUGA